AUGGUUGCCAUCUCUUCCCUCUUCCUUGCGGCCGCGGCGGCUGUCGUGGCUGUCGCCGCCCCCGGCGAGCUGCCCGGCAUGCACAAGCGCCAGACGCUCACCAGCAGCCAGACGGAGAUACCCACAACGGCUACUACUUCUCCUUCUGGACUGAUGGUGCUGGCAACGUUCGGUACACCAACGAGGCUGGUGGCCAGUACAGCGCGUCCUGGUCUGGCAACGGCAACUGGCGGUGAACGUGACUAUCAAGGCUUCCAGGACCAUCAAUUACAGCGGCUCAAUACAACCCCAACGGCAACUCGUACCUUGCCGUCUACGGGUGGAACCCGCAACCCUCUUAUCGAGUACUACGUCGUCGAGAACUUCGGCACCUACGACCCGUCGACUGGCGCGCAGCGCCUCGGCAGCGUCACCACCGACGGUUCGACUUACAACGUCUACAAGACCAGGCGCACUAACCAGCCGUCGAUCGAGGGCACCAGCAGCUUCGACCAGUUCUGGUCGGUCCGCGUCAACAAGCGCAGCGGCGGCAGCGUCAACAUGCAAGCCCACUUCGACGCCUGGGCCCAGUCUGGCCUCCGCCUCGGCACCCACGACUACCAGAUCGUUGCCACUGAGGGCUACUUUUCUAGCGGCUCCUCUACCGUCAACGUUGGUGGCUCGACCGGCGGCGGCAACACUGGCGGUGGAAACACCGGCGGCGGUAACACUGGCGGCGGCAACACCGGCGGUGGCGGCAGCAAUUGCUCUGCCAAGUGGGGACAGUGCGGUGGCCAGGGCUGGCAAGGCCCGUCCUGCUGCCAGAGCGGCUCGACCUGCCAGGCCUCCAACCAGUGGUACUCCCAGUGCAUCUAA